CUUCGCUUAUUUCCAACUGAUUAAAGAGCUUUACUUACGAAGCGAACACAGUUGCUACAAAGGGUAGUAUGCGCGCAGCUCCUUUUGCUGUCCAAUGCUAAUUAGCUAAAGAGCGGAGCCGCCUCCUCCGCAAUGAAGGUCAAGCUGAAGAAAGCCGUAGAGGUGCCUCCUCCAAUUCAGGCGCUUCUCGACGUCGUCCUAAGGAGUUCCAGUUCUGAUCUACCGCGUCUUUUGGACGGCUUCAGGUGGACCUAUGACAAGGGUGACAUCAACCAUUGGGUUCCUAUUCUAAACCAUUUCGAUGAGCUUUUGGAAAAUGCCGUUAAGGAGCGGCCGGAGCUUAGCCUGCCAGAUGUCUCGCCUCAGCAGGAGCAGGCCCCGUUUCCUGUGGAACUGGUCUUGGCUGUGCUGCGCACGACAGCAAUCAUCCUCGAUCACUGCAGCAACAAACAUCAAUACCAGUCGUUUGACCGUCUCUCGGCCUUACUUGGAUCGGAGCACGAUGAGGUUGUCCUUUCUGCGCUGCGAACGCUCGAGGCGUUCGUGCGGAAAACACACAGUUCCAGCAUCCGAUGGCAGGGCUCGCGUGACCUGAACGGACGCUUGUCGGCGUUGUGUGUCCUGUGGGGUGGAGCCGACCAGGGUCUGGACAUGACCACGUGCACUUCUGAGGGCGCUAACCCCAGCAAGCAGGCCCUGGCGGAGGCCACCACGGUACGCUUCCAGUUCCAGCCGGCCCCCCGCCCCGACGCGCCCGCCCCCGCCCCCGUGUCCAUCUCCCUGCCGGGAGCGGACCGACUGGGCGGCGAGGGAGCGCAUGCGGUGGCGCAGCGGCUGGCGCAGCAGCACGGCGUGCCCCCGGAGCAGCGGUUCGCGCUGUUGUGCCGGGUGCGUGUGGCGAUGCGCAUGGGCUACCUGGGGGGGCGCCAGUCGGUGGUCACGCAGCGGCUCAUGGCGCACAACGUGCUGCUCAUGUCCACCCCCACGCCAGAGGAACUGGCGCCCCUGUCCGCGGGCCCCGAGUCGGAGUUCGUGUCCGACCUGGUUUCCCUCAUCGCCGCCGAGUCGGCGGUUCCGGAGCCCCUGCGCGCCCUGGCGCUGCGGGCCCUUGCCGUACAGUUGCAGGACCGAGGCCGCCAUGCAUCUAUCAUUGCCGCCAUCAACUCCGGCGGCCAGUCGGGAUUCCUGUCGCUGCUGCUCCACCGCUCCAUCGCGUCCCUAGUGGCGUCGACAACGACGACUACGGCGACAGCGGCGGCGGCGGCGAGUGGUGUCGAGGGUGCGACGGCGGCGCCACCGCCGCCGUCUCAUGUGUACUCGCUGGAAUUCGUGGAGUCGCUCCUGACACUGGUUCAGUCGCUGGUGACGUCGACGGCGGGCGGUACGGCACUCGCGGACGCGGGUGUGAUAGCGGCGCUCAUGCCGCUGCUGCGCUCACGUCACCCCGACCACGUGGGUCUGGUGACGUCAGCUGUGCGGGUGCUCGAGGGCUAUAUCGACUUCAACGCGGGAGCUGCAACGGCGGCGUUUAGCGAGAGCAAUGGGCUUCAGGAGCUCAUUACGCGUCUGUCGUACGAGGUGGGCGUUGGCAGUACGGCGGGCGCGACUGACGGCGGCGGCGCGACGGCGACUGACGGCGCGGCGGCGGCGAGUGAGGUAGCGCCGGCGGAGCCUGCGGGCUCCCCCGCUCAGGUCAUGGCUGCCGCAGCGGCGGCAGCGGCGGCCGGCGGCUCCUCCGAGGCGCCAGUCACCGCCGCCUCCGGCAGCGGCACCCCCAGCACCAGUGCCGGUGCCGGCACAACUGCUCCUGGCUCCAACACCAACACCACCAAGUUGCCGUACGCUCGUACCACCCUGAUCAAGUUCCUGCUGCGCUGCCUGUCCCUGGCGUGCUUCUCGCCCCAAAGUACGGCAGCUUCGCGGCCCUCUGAGUCGCUGAUGGCGCAACUGUACCGCAGUUUGGGUGUCGUACUGCGGGACGCGGGACGGUUUGGCGGCAGCUUGUUUGCGCUGGCUGCGUCUGUGGUGUCGGAUUGCCUGCACUCGGAUCCGCUGCAGUUCCGGCAGCUGGAUGAGGCGGGGCUGCCGCAAGCAUACAUGGAUGCGGUCAAGGCGGGUCUGCUGCCCACCAGCGACUCCGUGUGCAGCCUGCCGGGCAUGCUGGUGGCGCUGUGCCUCAACACCGGCGGGCUGGCGCGGGUGCGGGAGCAGCGCGUGCUGGACGCACUGGUUCCCAUCUUCACCAGCCGGCAGUACGGCAGGGCGCUGGCGGGGGACGCGGCGGUGAUGAUGGGUGCGGGGUUGGAGGAGCUGUUCAGGUUUACUCCCAGCCUGAGGCCCGACGGAGUGGACAUGGUGGUAAACGUCGUUCGCGCGGUGUGCGUGCUGGGAGGCGAUGAGGCGGAGACUCAGUUUGCCAGGGAGCAGACCGCAGCUGCUCAGCAAGCAGCCGCCGCGGCAGCAGCUGCUGCUGCAGCAGCAGCACAAGCCUCGUCAGACAUGCAGACCGGCACUCCCGCAGAGGGCGGAACAGCUCCUGCCUCCACCACCGAGACCACUCCUAUGGAGGCUGGAACGGAGGCAGCCACAGCAGCAGCAGCCGAGCCCAUGGAUACGGACUCCGCUGCAGCUACCCCCGCCGCUGCCGCCUCAGACGCUGCGCAGCAGCAGCAGCCGGCGGACGCAGCCGCUGACGGCGCCGGCGCCGCGCCGGCUGCUGCAGCAGCAGCAGCCGAGGAGGCUGCAGGCGCCGAAGCUGAUGCGGCACAAGCGAUGGAGCUGGAUAGCGGAGGCGCUGCCGCCGCCGCUGCGGCAGCGGCGGAGGCUGCGCCCGCCGCACCCCUGCCGUUCGAUUUCUCCUCGGUAUUGUCGGAGGCAGCGAGCGUAAAGGACAGCGAUACCUUCCUGACGGAAUCCCUGUCCCACGUAACGCGCAUGUUGGAAGGUCUGGUGACGCACCCCGAAACCAGCCGUCUGCUAGUGGAACGCGGCAUCAUCGGUCUGUUGCUCAAGAUCCACCACCUGCCGCGGCUGUCCUUCACCUUUGCCUUCUCCUCCUCCUCGCAUCCGCUGCUGGCGGUUGCUCGCGCCCUGGCUCCCAACCAUGCCGCCGUGGCAUCAUCCAAGACCACAGAGGCGCUUCGUACGGCGCUGCCAGAGGCCCUGGCGAGGGUGAAGGGCUUGGGCUCGGCGGCAUGCGUGCCUGCGAUGCCGGCAUCGGAUCGUGGGUCGUACCUCAAGCACAUUGCCUCGGCUGCUGGGUUGAUUACGCUGGCGUCAGUGAUCGCCCGGACCUCCUCAGCAAUGCUGCAGCAGCUGUCGAUGGUUCCGGAGCAGCCGGCGGUGGACGCCGGAAGCGCGGGUGCUGCUGGUACGGCUGCGACAGCGUCGGGAGAGGGUGCGUCUUCCACCUCCUCGGACAUGGUAACCGAAGCCGGAGCAGAGCAGCCGGCAGCGGGUGCGGGUAGCGGGGAGGCAGCGGCGGGGAGUGACGCAGCAACAGCAGCAGCAGCACCGUCACCGCCGGCGGCGCCUGCCGAACCUGUGCUGGUGACGUUGGGAAGGCUGGAGCGAGCGCUUAUGGCUCAGGCCGACGUGGCGGAUGCAUGGGCCAUGCAGCGUGCCGAGGCGGAGAAGGCGGCAGAUGCGUCGUCGGGUUCCACU